AUUAUCAUACAAAAGGAAAUGGGAAGUCUAUAUGGAUCACAACUUAGAACAAAAAGCAUCUUUGAGGAUGAAAGCAUGAAGCUACGACAGCUGAAACUAGAGAAUCAGAGAGCUCUUCUGGAGAAGAAGCAGAGGAAGAAACGUCUUGAUCCCUUGAUGGUACAGCCAAAUCCUGAGGCAAAGCCGCGUAGGUCAAAACCCAAAGGGUGCGAGGAGCAGACUCCUUUAGUAGAAACUCCUACCCCUUUCCACAGUGAUGUUAUUUUACAUGGCAUUGAUGGACCAGCUGCUUUCCUGAAAUCGGAAGUGCAAGAUUUGGGGACCAAGCUCCAAACUCUGUCUGCUGGAUCUUCCAAAACAGAAGACAAUGCAGAUCAGGAAAAUGAUGGAGAGGCUCUAACAGACACAGCAGGCAAGCCAGAUCUGCAAGAAAUAUUACAGAAACGAGGAAUUUCAGGCAGUUUGAAUUUUGAUGAGGAGGACACAGAAGAUGAAGAAGCUAGUAAGAGACCAGCAUCUCAUUCAUCGUAUCCUGAAUCUGAGAGGCCUAGUUCUGCAACCAGUGAGAAAUCUUUUGCAGAAACAGGUGCUUCCUGUAGUCCAUCCCCUCAGGCAGAUGCACAGCUGGGAGAAGUAGAGAACUUGGAGGAUUUUGCAUUAUGCCCUGCACCCCGUGGUAUUACAGUCAAGUGUCGAAUCACUAGAGAUAAGAAGGGCAUGGACCGGGGCCUCUUCCCUACUUAUUACAUGCAUCUGGAAAGGGAUGACAACAGAAAGACAUUCCUUCUUGCAGGGAGAAAACGAAAGAAGAGCAAAACGUCCAAUUACCUCAUAUCAAUUGACCCAACUGAUUUAUCCCGGGAAGGGGAAAGUUUCAUUGGAAAACUCAGGUCAAACCUCAUGGGAACUAAAUUUACAGUCUAUGACCACGGAGUUAGCCCAGUCAAGGCACAAGGUCUAGUGGAAAAGGCUCAUACGAGACAGGAGCUUGCAGCUAUUUGUUAUGAAACCAAUGUGUUAGGAUUCAAGGGUCCCAGAAAAAUGUCUGUGAUCAUUCCAGGAAUGAAUAUGAAUCAUAAGCGAAUUCCAAUCCGUCCACGAAAUGAGCAUGAGAGUCUGCUGUCAAAAUGGCAAAACAAAAAUUUAGAGAACCUCAUUGAGUUGCACAACAGGGCUCCAGUCUGGAACGAUGAUACUCAAUCCUAUGUUUUGAACUUCCAUGGGAGAGUCACUCAGGCCUCAGUGAAGAACUUCCAGAUUGUCCAUGACAAUGACCCUGACUACAUUGUGAUGCAGUUUGGUCGCGUAGCAGAAGAUGUGUUCACUCUGGACUAUAAUUAUCCUCUCUGUGCUCUUCAGGCCUUUGCUAUUGGACUCUCCAGCUUUGAUAGUAAAUUGGCCUGUGAAUGAGAGACAACAGACUUGAAACAUGGAACUCACUCCCAUCCCUGCAUCUUGUUGUAAGAGUUCCAGGUGGAGUAAUGAAAAGCACAUUGGGGAUGGAAGGGAACUGGAGGACAGACUUCUGCAGGCUUAUUAGAAAGCAAAUACCAGGCCUCAGAGCAUUAUGGUAGUUGACGGUAGACCAUAUUAGGAGACUGUCCCAAGACUGAGCCGUCUCCGUAUGCAUUGUGGAAGAAAUACGGGUGAUGUUUUUGUCACCAGUGUUGAUUCUGCUUUCAGAAUCCUUGUAACAGAUGCUGCAUGAGAGCAGGCUAAGGAAUUUAGCCCACUAAUUGGAACCCCUUGCAGCUAGGAUUAGAAAAGUAAUGGUUUAGUGUUCAUAUACCUUGGAACUUCCACAGUGCCCCUGGAGAUGAUGCUACUGAUCUGAUCAGGAACUCUUGAGUUCCUGAUCAGAUCAAUUCAGAAAAAAGGAGGACAGUUAUUGGCAUGUGUUCUCUUUUGCCCUGUGUAGCAUUUUGCUGUCUGUUACAACAGUCAGACACAGAAGGAUUCAUGUUAUGGCUCUGUGCAACCGUAGGUAAUGUUCAACAAAUACAGAGCUGGAAUGAGACACUGGCUCUAAUAAAACACUUUUCUCUUACUCUGUGGAAUGAUUCUCUGUUAAGGCUGAUAGUCCAGUUCCCUUUCAUUAUUGAUUUGCUCCAUAUCCCUUGAUGGUCUUUUUACCAAAUAAAGAACAAUCAAAUCUCAAACGUUCCCUUUUUAGUUGGUGAUAUUAUAUCCAUUGCUGUUUCUGUUAUUCUUAACCAUGUGAAAAAUGAGACUGAAUAGAUGAUAGAAUCUGACUGAAUUUGGCAGAAGGUAGUAUUGUAACAAUAUACAGUACUAUUCCUGAAAAGCAGUGUUCUGAUUGAUUGAAUCUAGGCUGUAAGCUGAUCAGAAAUAUUUUUAAUUUGUCCAUUGUUUGUAAAAUUUGCUACAUUUUUAGGAAUAAGUUAGUGACUGAUUUCAUUUUCUUAACAUGAGAUUAUCUCACGUCAUGACAUAUUAAAGUAGAAUUUAUAUAAAUAAUUUUAACCUGACUGUAAGAAGGCGUUACCUCAAAAGGAGAUUACAAGUGUUUUCAAAGGCAUCAGUUAGUUUAAAAAAAUCAAUAAAUGUAUCACGGGGCUUUGCAAUGUGUCCUUCCAGUGUUCCAUUUUUAAUGGUGGAUGUACAAUAUGGAGACUGUAGGUCACAGCAUGGAACGCUUCUUGAUCCAUAUGGCCUUGAUUCAUCAGAGUGAAUUGCGGCACACUGUGGCAUGUCAGCCUUGUAGUGUACACGUCUGCUGUGUACUAAAGCAGAGAACAGUUACUAUCUUGCCUGUUUCGUGGCCAUUAUGCAUAUGCAUGAUGAUCCUGGAAAACUCUGCCCCUCUACUGAGACAAGAAUAGGUGUUCUCCAGCUUUGAAUAUUGUCAUUGUCGGUAAACUAACUCUGUUUCAAGCUCCAAAGAGCCUGAUGUAUUGCUUUUGGUCUCCGGAGUUUUUGCAGUGGUAGAUAUCACUUGCUCUUCCAAAAUAAUGAAACUUUGUGAAGACAUUUUCUGAUAUUGCCAGGAAAAAAAAAAGAUGGUAAUCAUGUGUAAACUCUGUAUUUAGCUGUAAAUUAUGAAUUGAUGCUGAGAACUCCAGCUCGCUUAUCUCUCAGAUGCCCAUUCUGCAUUAGCUGGUGAGCCAUUGUCUUGAGAUGAUCUCAUCAGCAGAGCAGUCCUGAAGAGAACUUGAAUCAUGGAUCUCUUUUGUGCCUUCACGUACCUCCUGCUUAUCAGGCUGGGGACAAGACCUGGCAGUGUUUUCCAGUUGUGCUCUUCUGAGUUCUUGGCUGAUGGCUCUGCAUUGCCUCUACCCAUCCAGAAAAACUAAGUCAGUCUGUUACCUGUCUGUCUAUUUUUCUGACUAGGACUGUGAAAGAAACUGCCUUAUGUUAGUUUGGGGUGACCUGAAGGUAGAAUGCUAAUUUCCAAGUCAAGAUUUUUUUUCUCUGUGCUCAGAAGGCCACAGUAGCAUCCCUUUACUCACCCUUUCAGUUAGGCUUGUGAGCAGUGGCUCUUCAAGCUAUCUGUUGACAUCAAAUGAUCCUAGCAGGGUCAGGGCCUCUGGGUCUCAGUCAAAUUAUGCAGACAGAUGAACUGAUUCAGUGCUCUUUUAUCAGAUACUGUUUUACAUGAAUUGUAUUUAUAACUUUUAUAUCUAAAUGAAAAUAAACUAAU